UUUGGGCGGACGUCCCACCCUUCAGCGGCUGCGGCCAGGGUGCAGAAACGAUGGCGGCUCUGACCGAUGUGCAGCGGCUACAGUCCCGAGUGGAGGAGCUGGAGCGCUGGGUGUACGGGCCGGGCGGGACCCGAGGCUCUAGGAAGGUAGCUGAUGGUCUAGUCAAGGUGCAGGUGGCUUUAGGGAACAUUGCCAGUAAGAGGGAGAGGGUGAAGAUUCUCUACAAAAAGAUUGAAGACCUGAUCAAAUACCUGGAUCCUGAGUACAUUGAUCGCAUUGCUAUACCUGAGGCCUCGAAGUUGCAGUUCAUCUUGGCAGAGGAACAGUUCAUCCUCUCCCAGGUGGCACUCUUGGAACAAGUGAACGCCUUGGUGCCCAUGCUGGACAGCGCUUCUAUCAAAGCCGUUCCUGAGCAUGCUGCCCGACUGCAGCGCUUGGCGCAGAUCCACAUCCAACAGCAGGACCAGUGUGUGGAGAUCACUGAGGAGUCCAAGGCUCUCCUGGAGGAGUAUAACAAGACUACAAUGCUUCUCUCCAAGCAGUUUGUGCAGUGGGACGAGCUGCUCUGCCAGCUAGAGGCUGCCAAGCAAGUGAAGCCAGCAGCAGAAUGACAGCCGCCCCCAUGUCCCCACCAGGGGAGGUAGGCAGGCCCCAGGGCCCUCCACCAACCUGUCUCUAUAAGGCAGAGACAGCUUUGCCUCUGAGUUCAAAUACUACCUGUCUGUUCAACUGGGGGCUCUGAGGUCAGAGGUCAGCUUUACCUUAGGGUCAUGAUUUGUACUCCCUGUCAAAUGUAUUUAUUUCAGUGACAAUAAACCGUAGAGACCACUAAA